AUGAAGCAAAAUCGACCAAGCGGGUCUCAGCAACGAAAAAUUAAGAAGGCAAGAGAAAAGUCAGCUGAGGCGAUGUCUGGAUCAAUUUUAAAAUAUGUUGCACCUUCAACAUCUACCGCAGUAGGAGAAAGUGCUGAAGACGUUCAGUCUGUUGAAACCAGAGGUGAAAUGCCUGAAGUAUCUUCUCAAGAAGCUUCAUAUGUGAAAGCGCAAGAAUUGGAGAAGAUCAUUUUAUCUGAAAGCGGUGAAAGUGAUGUAGAUGAAGCCUGCAUCAGCAAGACUCUGAUGAUGAUGAUGAAGAAGAAGAAGAGGAGACUGUUCGACUGUCAGUUUAUUCUGAUGUUGCUGCUUGGCCAAAACAAAAGAGAAUAG